AAAAGACUCGUCAUAGAAGUAAAUCGUUCCACGUUAGGAUUGCGGACAGUUCCAGCCCCACCCUCACCCUUAUCCCGCCUCAGGUAUAGCUGGGCCCAGAUGGUGUGUAUAGUUUACUGCACAGCUGGUGGCUGCAUCUGCAGAGCUGAGAACAACUGGAUCUUGUUCACACUCGGCCAGAGGAAGACUCCUGGGGUGAAACGACACCUUCUUCCAGCCUCACACAGAAGGGUGAGAUCUCUGAGACCUUGCUGCUGCCACCAUGAGCUCAAAAGAUCCCAGGGACCACUCAGAGAGCCAAAACUUUUUUGAGGAUGUCAUUGAGUAUUUCCAGGAGAGUGUGACAUUGGAACAACUGCAGUUCCUGCUCACUGAAGACAAACCCUGGAAGAAUUCUGUGACUGAGGCCGGUUUGUCCAGGGAAGAGGCAGAUGUACUCCGUGUAUUUCUGAUCAAGCUGCAAACAGACUUGGCCAGGGAGGACCCAGACAGGCUUCAAAAAUACCAGCAGGAAAAGGAGAGGUUUCUGAAGGAGUUUCCUCAGGUAAAACAGGAGCUGAAGAGGAGCAUAAGAAAACUCCGUGAGCUCGCAGACCAUGUUGACAAGGUGCACAGGGACUGCACCAUCUCCAAUGUGGUAGCCUCCUCCACCGGCAUUGCGUCUGGUGCCCUUGGCAUCCUUGGGCUAAUCCUGGCACCCUUUACAGCGGGCCUCAGUCUGGGACUCUCAGCUGCUGGAAUAGGGCUGGGAGCAGCAUCUGCUGUGACAGGUGUGUCCACCAUGGUGGUGGAAAAGAUAAACACGUCAUCAGCAGAAACGCAGGCCAGUCAUAUUAACACAGCCGAAAUGAUUGCCUAUGGAUGGAAUCUCUACCAAGUUAAAGACUUUGGGAGAUACAUUCAUGCCACCAGGGUGGCCAGAGGCAACCCUCAAUUUGUAGCCGCUGCUCAGCACUACCUAACCACCGGGCGAGUCUCUGUCCUAAGUGCCCACAUGAGAGGACAUGUUGGAGGCACAGCUCGGGCAAUGAGUAGAGCAGCCCGCAUCGGCCGUGGAGUCGCGUCAGGUUUAUUCUUGGCGCUGGACGUGUACUCCUUGGUGAAAGACAUACAGGACUUGCAGGAGGGGGCAAAGACAGCAUCAGCUGAGAACAUGAGGCAGAAAGCCCGGGAGCUGGAGACAAAGCUGGAGGAGCUCACCUGGAUCUAUGAGAGUCUGCAAUAGGGCCUGACUGGCCACCCCUAGAGCAAUGCAGGGACCAGGCAAUGUGCAGGGUCACGGGGAGAAACCACUUGUUUUGGACUAAAGCAGACACGGAGGGCAGAAUAAGGGAGAGACAGGGAGACGAGCAGUGAGAGGCCAGGAAUAGGGGAGCUUUGAAAACGGGAGAAAGCCAAAGAGUUAGGAUUGCAGAGAUCCAGCACAAGUAGCAGGGGCUCCUCUGUCGCCCUCCCCAGGGUUUGAUGUUCCAGCAAGAAGGGUUUCCCCCUGGUGACGGUCUCUAGCCCUAC